ACUGCAGCUGUCUGUGUUUGUGACUGUAGUCAUGCGAGUGAACAUGAGGCGGUCAGGGGAGGAGACAGGGCGGAGGAUAAACAGCAACACGACCCUCCGGGCUUCAUGUGUGUGAUUGAAUUAUUUUCUGCAGGGGAACAAAGUGACCUUCCACGGGUGUUCAGGUUUUUCGACAGUCCAUCAGGGUGAGCAUUACCGCCUCACUUCAUCAUCCUCAUACAGCCUCUCUGAGUGAUCGCUCAGCAUCUGUGUGAAGACCCGUGUCAACCUUGGCGGUGGCGGGACAGGAGCACACGGCUCCCAAAGAUGGCAUCACCCUUCGUGCCUGUCCCUGUGCCCUUUGACAGAGUCUCAGCUGGAGGUAGCAGUAAGCUCAGACGGCCCCCUCGAGCCUCAUCACUCGGCAGUGUCUCCAGCAGCUCAGACUCGUCUCUCCCCAGGGCUGCGGGGGAGGACCUCAUCGGACGAGGAUGUGGAGGGCUGGUUUCUCAGCGGCAAUCUCGCUGCAUCGACAGGGGCAGCCGGAGCAGGACGCCACCACCUCUGCAGAGCCCGGUGACUCGGGCCAGGAUGAACGGGUCUCUGGAUCACUCCGUGGAGUACUCUACCUGUCCCCGCUCCAUCUCUGAUCCUGUGGGGAGCCAGCAAGUAGAGGAGGAGGAGGAGGAAAGGCCGAUAACGCCCACUGUGCUGGGCUAUGAGGUCAUGGAGGAGAGGGCCAAGUUCACGGUGUUCAAAGUCCUGGUGAGGAAGAGCGCGGACGAGAGCUGGGUCGUUUUCAGGAGGUACACAGACUUCUCCAGACUCAACGACAAGCUGAAGGAGAUGUUCCCGGUUUUCCGCCUCUCGCUGCCUCCGAAGCGCUGGUUCAAGGACAACUACGACACCGACUUCCUGGAGGACAGACAGCUCGGACUGCAGGCCUUUCUGCAAAACCUGGUCGCACACAAAGACAUCGCCAACUGCAUGGCAGUGAGAGAGUUUCUGUGUCUGGACGACCCGCCUGGACCUUUUGACAGUCUGGAGGAGAGCAGAGCGUUCUGCGAGACUCUGGAGGAGAGCAACUAUCGCCUCCAGAAGGAGCUGCAGGAAAAGCAGAAGGAGAUCAGCUCCCUGAAGAGACAGCUGGAGGAGAAGGAGCAGGCCAUCCUGCUGCUGGAGAAGAAAAUCAAUGGCGAGUGUGUGAGUCCUGGGUCUCUGUGCGGUUUGUCGGCUCAGAGCAGUGAGAGCGGCGCAGAAGUGGACGUGGAGUCGUCGGUAGCAGAAGCUGAUCAGGACAUGACUGAAGACAGCAGUGGAAGAUGUGAGGUCCAGCCGGUGCGAUCCUCUGCCUGUUGGUGCGGCCCGUCGCUCAGCGCCUCUCCUCCGGUCAUCCAGGUCACUCAGCUCUACCACCACAAACUGGAACACUAACGACGUCCACUGCACCUCCCCCUCCUCCUGCUUUCCUCUUCCUUUAGGCCUUUCUGGGUUCUUCCUGCCCUCUCUUUGACCUGACCCCCACAGCUCCCCCUCCACUUCCAGUCGUUGGUUUGCUGCAGCCUUGAACUCGAGAUGAGCGUGUACAAGGUUAAAAGGGAACGUUUUUAUUCUGCAGCAGUCGGUUUCACACAUACUUCCACGUAUAUGAUGGGUGGUGGUGGUGGUGGGAUAUUUUAUCUGGCAUCUGCAGAGGAAUCCUCAGAGAACAAUAUCUGAAAUGACACGGCUAUUCUUCUGAAACCUCAGACUCAAACUGUGCGGGGACGCCUCAGUCCUCCUCUUUCCCUUUUUGAACCUCCAAAGGUGGUCGCCUCACCGGAUCAUCGUGAUCCUGCGGUCACAGAGCGAGGGUCUGGCAUCCUGACCAAAAAUAAAUAAAACUCCGUCAAGACUCACACGGUCAACGGGUGGUUUGAAGACUUCAAAAAAAAAGUGACAAUCUACAGAAAGUCUGAACAUUCAUCUCAUGGGUCUCUGCAGACGAGUGUGAAAAGCAGAGAAACAACACCCCCUUGUGGCUGCAGAGAUAAGGGAAAAAAUGUCUGUGUUUGUUAAAUAUCUCAGGAUCAACAUGAGAAACCAGGCGGGUAUCAGAGGAUUGAUGACUUUCUGUCUGCAGGUCGAUCACGCCAUGGCCUCUCAUUGAGACACAGCUUUGACCUUCAGUCACAGUUUUUCCUCUCCUACACUUCAUCCUGUUUGUAGUUCCAUGUGUGAUCUGUGGUGAAGUCUUGAGAGACACAGUAAAAUUAGGAACAUACUGUACAGAGAGCAAGCCAAGGCUCUGUGGCUGAUUGUUGCUUUUAGAGGAAUGUAACAUCCGAUGUAAACACUAUCAAGUCUCAUUCUUCAUGUACACUCACAUCACUCCUUCUGCUGCUCCGUGUUUAUUAUGCCAGUUUAAGUCGAGUCCGUGCAGACCUCUUUAGGCGCCUUGCGUCCUAAUAAAGAGUCGACAGGGCCAGAACAGUCGGCUCUACUAAAACUCCACUGAGGGGGUUCAGCCCUUUUUAUAAAAGUAUGUUUCUGUUUACAUUGAGAUUUUAUUGAAUAAGAUUUUAAAAUAUUCACUCACUGCCUCUACGUGAACGGACUUUAGUUUGUGGUGAUCAUGAAAAGCUCAACGGUGAAGCGGAGAUAUCUCAGGAGCUCAACUUCCUGCCGCGCUAAGCUGGGGUUGGUUUUGUAAUGCGCCCCCUUAGUGCCCCUUAAGCUGACCCCUUGAAUGAGGAAUUCUGGUAUUUUUUCCCACCUGGUUUUGACAGAUUUAAGGGUUUUCAUAAAUAUUAUUAAAAGCUUUUUUGGAUUUGCUCCAGAAGAUUGUUUCAGUUGACAGUAGUGAAAGAGGUCGUAAGAGCUGCUCUGUUAAUCUAAGUAUCUGACGACAUCACAGAAAGGAUCCCUGCAGAGGUAGACCUUGUUGUUACAGAGGAAGAUGCAGAAACAGUGAUUUUAUCUUGCAUAGUAAAAUAUUCUGGUUGGUUUUAUUUGGUGUUUUGCAGAUGCAACUGUAAGUCUGGUUCACAAAUCUCAGUGGAAAUGUCAAUUUCUAAGUCAUAUUUUUGGGCCUUUUUGUCUUUAUUAGAUCAAACAGCUGAAGAGAGACAGGAAAUAUUGGGAGGAGAGAGUGGGGGGAUGACAUGCAGCAAAGGACCGAGGUCAGAUUCUAACCCACGCUUGCUGCAACAAGACUUUUAGCCUCUGUACAUGGGGGGCAUGACAUAACCACUAGACUAUCUGCAGCCCGAAAAAAAUGUAUUUUCAAAGCCUUGUGCAAAGUAUCAGACGUAGGUUAUCUUUUCUCUUUGACACCACGAGGUGAUGUGUCUGCAGUCUGCACAUAUCCACACUUUCUGUUUCUGCAUUCAUCGCAGCGUUCUCACAUCAGUCAUUUCACAUCACAGAACUCAGGACUCAACUUGCUUUCUAGUUUUGGUCUUUGUGUCACUGUGCAACUUUGUUAUGUAGAAAGGUUAAAUAAGAUUCAGGACAUUAUUAGUCCAAACAUGCAUAAACAGAAAGAAAAGCAUCGCUUCAGGCGGCGUCCGAACAGUAACUCGUCUGUUCUCCAAGUUUCAAAUGCUUUCUUUUGGAGUGUGGUGUCUUUAGAGAGGGUGAUGUAACAGCUGUUUCUGCUCAAUGUAAAGCAGCUCCCUCUUCCACAUUCUCUAAAGAUGCUAUUUGAGAUGGGCUCCUCCUCUGAGAUGUUUCCAGAUACUUAUCGGACGCAUGAAAACGUUUAAGUUACUCCGAUUCCUAAAUAUGCAAACAGAGCUUCGGUUUACCUUUUUGAAAACUUUUAUUUCUUUCCAGUGAGGGAUGCAGAAAGAGAUCACCCAUCAUUCACACAUGGCUGUUAGUUUACAGGAAUCAUAAAAACACAGAACCUACCUGAGAGGGGGAAACAAGACUUUAUAAAUCUGUAAAUAAGAUCAGAGCCAUGUCGCUGGUGUUUGACGCUGAACACGACUGAGCCGAGCUGGCUCUGAAUCCGACUGUUAACGAUCCUCCACUUCAUCCUUAAAUAGCCAUAUUAGUUAGGAGCAGAGAAACUUUUUAAAAAGGCCAACGUCUCGCUCCAAGUGAUGUUUGUUUUCUCUCUUUGAUGACGAGUUUCAUGAAGUGUGAAAGUACAGUUAAAGUUUUAACGGUCUCAGAGCGGACCUCACGUCUCACGAUGCACUUUAUGGAUGAAUGGAGACCCAUAACGUUUAGUUUGUGUAACUCAUUCAUUUGUUUGAGACAGAAACGUGCCUUCUCAACCGCUCAAUCUGUCCUCAUUCUGAUCCCGUGUUGAUAUGUGUUGAUAUGUGAUUCAUGUUUUAGGAUUUUUUUCUGUAAAUUCCUCUCGUGCAUUAAGUGCCUUAGCGAUCUCUCACUUUCCUUUUGAUGUGUGUAAACAGCUUUAUAGACUCGCUCCACUUUUUAUUUUCCCUCUUCUGUUGGUGUUGUGAGGCUGAACUGAAAUGUUUUUGUAAUAUUAAAAACGAUAUAAUCAAGUCUUAGUUCACGUAGACACUGAUAGUUGCACUUUGAAAGAUUUCUAUGAAUAACAUUUCACCUUUAACGUGGUGGAUUUAAAGGGAUACUCCACAUGAAUACAGACAGAGCUCUGGUGUGUAGAUCGGAGAUGUUCACCAGAAUGAAAUAUUUAAUGCUCACAUAAAUAAAUGGAUGAUGUAUUGAA